UUUUUCCUGCAACUUCCUGCAAGUUCGUGUAAAAUCCUGUGAUAUAUAUAUUUUGAAAUUAAUACAGACCCUGGAUUAAACUAAAAGGAAAACUCGUAGUUUCAAUGUCUACACACGAUAUAAAAUUGGAAGUUUGUGUCGACUCAAUCGGAUCAGCACUAGCUGCAGCGGAAGGUGGGGCGGCACGUAUUGAACUCUGUUCGGCGUUAACAGAAGGCGGCCUAACACCAUCUCCUGGUUCGUUGAAGACGAUUAAAAAGCUCAUUAGCAUACCCAUUUACUGUAUGCUACGGCCGAGGCGCGGUAAUGACUUCACCUACUCAAACUCAGAAAUGGAAGUAGUGCUUUUGGAUUUGGAACUACUGCGUGCAAAUGGCGCUGAUGGUUUUGUCUUUGGUGCCCUCACCGACCAACGUACAAUCGAUGUGGAAAAAUGUCAUCGUGUAAUAGAACGUGCUGCAGGCAUGCCAGUCACAUUUCAUCGAGCAUUCGAUCUCACCAAUCCGCAAUUGAUGCAUGAAACAGUCACUAUAAUAAAGGAGCUGGGUUUUAAGCGUUUACUUAGUAGCGGCUUUCGUGCGACUGCUAUCGAGGGAAGUGAAAAUCUUGCACAAUUAAUUGCCAAACAUCGUGACAUCGUCAUAAUGCCAGGUGCAGGUAUUAGUGUAAGCAAUCUGGAUGAAUUAUUGACGGUUACAAAAUGUAUAGAAUUUCAUGCCUCAGCACAGUCUGUGGCAGGUGCACCUUCAAGUAAUGGCGGCGUGGCGCGCAUGGAUUGCGAUGUCACGAUGGGUAAGCAAGAUAUAGAGCCAUAUACCACCACGGAUGUUCAUGUUGUGCGUCAAAUGGUAAGCAUUGCAAUGGCGGCAAAGUGAAUAUGGUAUCAAAGCGCUGCAAAAACUAAUAGUAUACGAUUUAGCUGGUAAAUUGCAUGCAUAUGUAUUUAAAGAAUAUAAAAAUAAAAUAUUUUAAAUUUUAAGAGAAGUAGAAAUUUAGAUCUGAAAUUUUCCGUUAAGCGCAAUAAAUAUGUAUGUACUUGAAACGUUAUAUGAAAAACGUUAAUUAAGCUGGACCAAACAAUUUUUAAUAACUAUACCUGUUUUUAUGCAAUGUGGUAACAUUAUGGAUGUAAAUAAAUUACUUAAUUCUGCAAUAAAUUUAACUUUCAAUAAUUGUAUUUAUUUAUUUACUUGUACAUACAUAUAUGCAAUACAUUUUACCAAUACUUUUAUUAAAUUGAACGGAACUAAUCACUGCAAUUCAAAAUUAUACCCGAAGAUAAUUUAGUUAGGCCUUCUUAAGUAAAGCCGUUCUAAGAGGCCUACAAUUUACGCUAUUGCAAAAAUUUAUAUUUGGCAUUACAAAUGAAUUUCAAUAAACAUUUUAAGUUGCAAUAACACAUAUUAGAUAUGAACCUUAAGCAAAUAUUUCAAAUAUAUGUAUGUAUGAUUUUUAUAAAUUAAAGAAGCAACUUUAAAAGAACUCCUCUAAAAACCAUCUGAAAUACGGCCUAUAAAAGCCCUUCUGGAGGGCCUUCCAUGGGUAGCGAAAGAAGGCCUUCAACACUCCCGCACACUGCCACUCCAUACAAAAAAAAAGGAAUGUAGAGUGGAAGACCUAUUGACUCUCAGGAAGGCCUCUCGGAAGAACUUUUAACUGCUGAAAUUAUAUACUGGGAUAUUUCCUAUCCCUCAAACGUAUGUAUGUACAUCAUAUGUAUAUAAAAUAUCCAUUUACUUGAAUAUGUAUUUAAUAAAUGUUCUUUUAUCUUAUAUGAAGAGUAAAUAGAAUGAUUAAUACGUUUAUUGUAUUGUAGUAAGAACACACUUUCACGUAAUGUACACAUAAUACAUUUAAAUUGGAAAAGUUAACGCUAAAAAUAGUUCCCUUUGACUGGAGUUUUAACUAUGUAGUUGUUUUAUAAUUAAAUAGAAAAUAUUAACAAUAACAAUCGACACAUA